UGCUCCCUCCGCUAGAGUCCCGAAUAUGUUCUGUGAGCGCAGUGUGACGAUGUACACCUAUGGAUAUCUCCCCAACUUCGUUCUGCUUCUGCCAAUCAUGCCUUGACCACAGGAUUCUCCUCUUUUCGUGGAACUAUUUCAUUCAUUGACAGAACGGGUUUUGAAUUUGCUGCUCCAUUUGAUUCCCCAUGAGAGAAUGCGAGAUGCUAUUCGCACCGUGUUUGUUUAACUGAGUUUAUAUUUCUCUUUUGGGUCGACCCCCGACAGAAUUGGAUUUGUGCUCAUCUCUUUCUGUUCUCGUCUUCAGGAUAUACGUUUAUGACGGGCUUGUUUUCUCUUCAGUGUCUACAAGAAGAGAUUGGCGAACGGUCAGUUGCUGAUGUGGUUCGACUUUAACCAAUGGCGUGGUUAAAAGGUACCAAAGAAUUCUUUUGAAGCCGUCUAAUCUCGGAUCUCAGAGUUUUAGACGGUUAAUUUUUGUGUAGUAUUCAAGGCUUUAAAAUGAGUUUGCAAUUAAAAACAUUUAGAAAGUGCCUUUUGGCAACUUUCUUCCUCUUGAUCAGUCUGGCCUCGCCAGUCAGGUCAUCUGACCAUACAAGUACGAACCUUUCUUCCACUACUGCAAAUACUCAGUGCAAAGACGGGCUUCUACUGCCGAUAUGGCUACCGGAAGAAAAUUUAAGUGCGGGAGAUAUAGUAGCAAGAGGCAUUGUGUACUUUGUCGCUCUAGCCUAUCUAUUUGUUGGUGUUUCCAUCGUUGCUGAUCGGUUCAUGGCAUCAAUUGAAGUUAUUACAUCAAAAGAAAAAGAAGUUGUCAUUAAAAAGCCAAAUGGUGAAACACAGUCUAUAAGUGUACGGAUAUGGAACGAAACUGUAUCCAACCUGACACUGAUGGCACUUGGAUCUUCAGCUCCUGAGAUUCUUCUAUCAAUUAUUGAGGUUUACGCCCAAGAUUUCGAUGCUGGCGAGCUUGGACCUGGUACGAUUGUUGGUAGUGCAGCUUUCAAUAUGUUUGUUAUUAUAGCUAUCUGUGUAUGGUCUGUUCCAUCAACAGAGAAUAGGCGCAUUAAACACUUAAGGGUAUUCUUUGUCACCAUGACUUGGAGUGUGUUCGCCUACAUCUGGCUGUACUUGAUUCUAACAAUUAUUUCCCCUGGUGUUAUUGAAGUAUGGGAAGGUUUGAUAACAUUCAUGUUUUUCCCAGCUACAGUUCUGACAGCUUACAUAGCCGAUCGUCAAUUUUUAAUCUACAGAUAUAUGACUAAAAAAUAUAGAAUGAAUAAAAGAAAUAUGAUUGUUAGCGGAGAAGGAGGAGAAGAUGUAGAAAUGGGAAUGACCAAGACCAACCAUAUAGUAGAUGGAAAUGUUAAAAACUACGAAGAAGAAUCAAGUGACGACAUCCGAGAAUUCGAAGAGCAUCGAAUGCAGUACAUUCAAAUUUUGAGGGAACUACGCCGAAAACACCCAGAUGCAAGUAUGGAAGAUAUUGAAAUGAUGGCUAGAGAAGAGAUCCUGAAUCGGGGCCCUAAAAGUCGAGCUUACUAUCGAAUUCAGGCCACCAGGAAAUUAAUGGGAGGAACAAAUCUAAUGAAAAGGAAGCUAGAGAAAAUAGAAAAGAAAGAAGAUGAUGAAUCAAAAGAAAGUAAGAGACAAGUAGUUUCCAUCUGUUUUGAUCCGGGUCAUUACACUGUCAUGGAAAAUGUGGGUGAGUUUGCUGUAACAGUUGUACGAGAUGGUAAUCUGAACGAAGCCGUGGCCGUUGACUACAAAACUGAAGAUGGUACAGCCAACGCAGGAUCUGAUUACGAAGAAGCUGAGGGAACACUCAUAUUUGGACCAGGGGAGACCGAGAAGCAAUUUUUCAUUACAGUCAUUGAUGAUGAUGUUUUUGAAGAAGAUGAGCACUUUUAUGUGAGAUUAUCCAAUCCACAUUACAUCAUUGAUAAAAUGGAACCAAGGAUGCCAGUAGAGUUAGCCACACCUUUCUUGGCCACUGUGAUGAUUUUAGAUGAUGACCACGCAGGAAUCUUCCUUUUCCCAGAAUCAGAAGUGGAAGUAGCAGAAUCAGUAGGUGAAUAUCCAUUGAAGGUGAACCGAUUCAGUGGUGCCCGUGGACGAGUCAUCUUGCCAUUCCGCACCGUUGAAGGCACAGCUAAGCCAGGAGUCGAAUACGAGCACACUGAGGGAGAACUAAUAUUUGAGAACAACGAAACAUCGAAGGAAAUUCCUAUACAUAUAAUGGAUAAUGAAAGUUACGAAGCAGAUACUGUGUUCUUUGUUGAACUUGGUGAACCGAAGCUUGAAGAAGACGUUGAUCCUCCUGAACAUGAAGAUUACCUCCGCGAACAAAGCGGUCAGGAUAUAAAUGAAAAUCAAGAAGCUUUAUCAGAAGAUGAAAAGAUUGCCCUGCUGGGCAAACCCAGACUGGGGGAACAGUACAAGGUACAAGUGCGAAUCAAAGAGAGUAGAGAGUUCAAGAAUACUGUUGAUAAGUUAUUCCAGAAGGCUAAUAUAUCUUUGCAAAUUGGCACAUCAUCCUGGAAGGAACAAUUCAUAGAAGCUAUUACCGUCAGUGCAGGAGAUGAUGACGAUGAUGAUGAUGAAGGUGAAGAAGGAGAAGCUGAAGAAAAGGAGCCUAAACUUCCAACUUGCUCCGAUUACGUCAUGCAUUUCUUUACAUUGUUUUGGAAGUUACUGUUUGCCCUCAUUCCACCGGUUGACAUGUUCGACGGCUGGCUAUGCUUUGUAGUAUCAAUAUUAGGAAUUGGAUUGCUGACUGCUGUUAUUGGGGACUUAGCCUCACACUUCGGCUGCACUGUAGGCCUAAAAGAUGCAGUCACUGCCGUGGCUUUAGUAGCUUUGGGAACAAGUAUUCCAGAUACAUUCGCCAGCAAGGUAGCUGCAAUUCAAGAUAAGUACGCCGAUUCGUCAAUUGGAAAUGUCACCGGCAGUAACGCUGUCAACGUUUUUCUUGGCAUUGGCAUCGCAUGGUCCAUAGCAGCCAUUGUUCACUAUGCUAAAGGAACGGAGUUCAGAGUGGAUCCAGGAAAUCUCGCUUUCUCUGUAACCAUGUUUUGUUGUUGUGCAUUCAUCUCAUGUGUCGUUCUUCUUCUGAGACGAAGCAAACGGGUAGGAGGGGAGCUUGGAGGGCCAAUGGUCUACAAGUUACCAACAACAAUCCUCUUCGUAUGCCUCUGGCUAUUCUACGUCGUCAUGUCCAGUUUGGAAGCCUAUGAGGUGAUCGAAGGAUUUUAAAAGACUAUGUAUUUGGACAUAUUAUUUAACGAACGGCAGCUGUAUUUUGUUCAGCCAAAGGUUUGGGUACUCAGUUCCUUGUUUCUGAGAGAUCGGACGCAGAACUCUCACAGGUGGGUAAAGGAAUGAAUCUUAGAAUUCCCAGAUCGCCGUGAUCCCUCAAGAAUGAUUAGUUUUACCACUUAUGUCCUGUUUCAGUCCCUUUCAGUGGAAGAAACAAAGUUCAGCACAAAAGGUUUCUGCUGAGGAUCAAUGCAUUUCAAAAGCAUUCUCUUAAUGUUGAUAUACGCUGGUGUUUCCCAUUGAGAAAAUAUAUUGCUAUGAUAUCAAGUUAAACAUCUUGUAUCCCAGCAAUAUUUUGGCAAAAUCCUUUUUUCUCAAAACAGCAACUGUCACUUUUUUGUAUUUAUUCUCAGCUAAUGACUUUCCUUGAAGUCUGAAACCAAAGUAAUUUUUCUCCUUCCAAGAACACAGUAAAAUAACUCGGUUGAUCUUGGGAUAGUUCAGCAAAGAGAGUCAAGAAGAAGCUCUCGUGAGAUCCACAAAGAGUUUCAAAGAAAAAAGAACUGACCGAACUACAAAGCAAGUAUAUGAAAUUAUUUAAUGUCAGGAAUUUUACUUUCUUCUUAAAUGCAAUUGUCCGAUUGUUGUUUUUCGUGAUCCAGACGCACGCUGAAUACUUUAAAUAUUUAGUUUAUCUUAGUUGUAAUAUCAAUGCAUAUCCGACACAAGAUGACAGUUUUGUACGCAUGUCUGUAAAAUUUUUACUUUAGAAAAAAAUGGCGCCUUAUAAUUAAUCUUCUAUUCCCUGUGUGAACAUGAAAAACCUGUCAAUUUAAAACAAAACUGCAUCUGUCAAUAUGUAAUAUGCUGUAGAACAGCUCUAUAUAGAGUACUACUUUCACUGUACAAAGUCAUGUUGUACUGUUAUGAUGUGAACAAGUUCAAUGUCUGAUUAUAUAACACCAUUACAUCAUAAAGCAUUUUCCAUCACAGAUUUGUUAAUGAUAAGAUGCUUUGCCUCCUCUAUUUAUAAAUUCUUUAAACUUAAUGCUUAACUUUUAGACAUCUUUUUUGUGUAUUAAUGUAUUCAUCUUUUCACCAAUGCAUUACAAAUUUUUUGCAACUUAUACCCAAAUCCCUGCAGAUCUUAAAAUUGUUUGAUGAAAUGUUACAAAUGAAACAGAAAUUUCGGAUAGUUAUAUUUAUAAAAUUAUAUUGGCAGAAUUUUGAUAAAUCUACAAGAAAAUUUUAUGACAAAACAUUUAAUGAAAUUGAAAUCUUUUCAAUACAGAUAUUUAUUGUUAUUUUGCCUAUUAUACAAAAUAGGAUGAAAUGCGUGUGUAUUUUUUGUAUCUACUUUUAUUCUCUAUAUGUAACGCACGCACAUUUACGAACAAGUUCAUGAGAAAAAAAAAGAGAAUACUUUUGAAAAUUUCACUCCUAAACUCUUUCUAUGAAACCCUGUUUGAAUAAUAUAUUAUUCCAUUUAUAAUUAAAUUAGAGCAUCUUUAAAAUGAAUUAUACAAAAUUAAUUUAUUUUUUGAUAUAUGCCUUUUUACUUUUAUGUAAAUCCUUUUAUUAAAUACAAUAUUAGAUAUUUUAAAAUUUAAAAUUAUACGUAAUGUGUACAAACGACAUGUUUACUAAUCUAAUUCAUUUCUAAUUAGCGAACAGUUUGAUAAUUCAGGUUUCAACAGUGCAAAAAAACCUUUUGUGAGAAAUUAAAGAUUCCAUCCAAAUUUGUAGUUUAAAUUUUGGACCUUUUCUAUAUUUCAUACUGUAUGUAAGAAAAUAAGUAUUCAAAGGUCAUUGCCUAUCAUUUUUAAACAUUAGAUAAUAUAGUCGCCAUAAAUUUUAAUUUCAAAUCCUUUAGCAAGAUUAAAUUAUCUAAACCUUUCCCUUUUGCCCAUUUAUUCUUAUUCUAUAAGAUUUCAGACCUUUUCACCUCCGUAGCAUUAAAGGAAGUUAUUUUUUUAUGAAAUUGCCAAUUCAGAUAUUAUUAGAGGCAAUUAUUGUCCUUUUAAAUUUAUUAAGAAAAAUUAUUUUUGUUAUUUAGUAUUGAAGUCUAUUUUUCGGUACAGAUUGGGCCAUUGCAUCUAGAAUUCGCUAUUAGUAUAGUACAGAUUUACGUGCUUCGGCAAAACAGCAAGCAAUUCUUUACAGACAGUGAGUAUUUUAUCUUAGCACCUGUUAUUAGCGCACAACAUAUAGGAGUAUAAUAGCAAAUCAUUGCACAGUUUGGCAGAUUUCAGUUCUUUUGCUUUCUUUUCUUUCAAAAAAUGUAAACUUAAUUAAUUUGGAAUGGUAUUUAGUAAAGCUGAUUCCUAAUUUAUAUGCACUUUAAGUAUUAUUUGAAAAAAAAAGAAUAUACUGCAGAAUGGCAUUAACGGAAGUGAAUAAAUAAAAAAACUUAUAUUAUACCAAUAAAUUUAAUCUAUACGUAUAUCACACUCAAAAUAAUAAUAUAGAAAUACAGUUAUUAAGGUACACAACAUGCAGUAUGUAAAAUAGGUAGUCUUCCUAUAGGAAUCUACCUAACACUCUUCCUUUUUAUAUCAUACCAUUCCUCAAAAAUACGAUAUAAAAACCUUUAUUAAUUUGAAAACUAAUGAAUCUUUAUUUUGAACCCGUAUGUAUAUCGACUCAUAUUCUAAAAGCAGAUGAUACCCCCCAGGCUUCCAGUUUCAUGCAUCAUAACACAAGUCAUAAAAUGUAAUCAUUUCCUCUCUUGUCUGUAUGAAACUCCCAUUGUAAUUAUUUGAUAUUUAUUUACGAACUUUAAUAUACGUUCAUCACAUAUGUGUAAAAGAUAAUGCUUCAUCCAUAUAGGAAUGUUGAUAGCUGAAAAAUAAUUUUCGGGUCUAUAAAAGGACAAUAUAUAAUAUAGACGACAUUAUUGUAAUUCAAAAGCAUUCAAGUGUCAAGUCACAUGUUGAAAUUCUUUGUUAACAGUAGUCGUACUUUAUAUCAUGAUAUAUGUUGAUUUUUGUCUACUUAGUAAAAAGGUUUGUUACACCAUU